AGGCAGGCAGCGGGAGAAGAAGGGAGCAGGAUGUAUCCAGGGUGAAGGAUGCCCAGGAUAAUGUCACCGGCGCAUUCACUCUCCCACCUAUCCGUGUCAUGAUAAACGCUGCUGGGGCGGUCGCCCGCAGGAUGCCGUCGGUGGCCCGGCGGAGCGGAUGCUGGAUAGCGUGGUGUCAGGCGGUCCUGCUCGGCGUGUCGGCGCUGGUUAUCGUGGCCGAACGGACCGCUCUGUUUUACUGUAUAGGGUUUUACCUUUGGAAUGAGGAGACGCAGUGGGCGGGCCUCACUCUCGGCCUUUUUCUACCGGGGACGGCAGUUCAGCUGCUAAGUAUGAAAUGGUACUAUGACGACGGUGAUGACAGGCGAUGCUACCUCUCCAUCAUACACAUACUACACUUGGGCAUCUUCAAAAGGCUAUGGGACUGCAUGAGGUCUGUGUUGCGCAUGCAGGGCUCAGUGGCCGAGCUCGGAGCUUCUGUCAUGCAGCAGGCAGAUGUUGCUGCUCUUUGGUUGCUGGAGGCCCUCGUCCUCACACUGCCUCAGAGCCUGCUGCAGGCAUAUGUCGUGGUGUCCACUGAUGUGGGCAUCAUGUCCCCAGUGGCCUAUUGCUGUGGACUGUGUGUGCUGUCUAUUUCCUGGGCCCUGGUGCUGUACAGCAGAGCCUGCUGUCUGAUACGACCGGGCCACCUGGCCAUGCCUCCGGCAGCCCUUCUGUGCCAGCUGGUGUGGAGGGCAGGCAUGCUGGGUGCAAGGGUGACUUGCCUCAUGUUCUUUGCCAGGGUCUUUAACUGGUGGGUCUGUGGAGUAGCAGGUUUCCACUGGCUCACGGCCUCCUUCUGGCUGGUAUCACAGCAACCAGACAUCUGCACCGGCCCCUGGUGUUGGCGUGCCUUUAAUGGCGUUAUGGGGCUCGUCCACGUCUUCCUCUUCCUCAAUGUCAAAGACGGACCCUCGCGCUUCCGCAUGGCCAGUUUUUAUGCAUUCAUGCUCGUAGAGAAUGCCACUCUGCUGUUGGCCGCCUCCGACUUCCUCAGCGAAGCAUCAUGGGACAGCAUGACCCUUCCCACCACUGUGCUGUGUAGCUUUGUCCUCGGCGCUACCUCUCUUGUCCUAUACUACCGGUUCCUCCACCCUAAGUCAACAGAGAUCUCCCAGGGUACGAACCACAACCACAUGGGCAGCACGUGUUUAGAACGAGGGGAGUCCUGCUUCUCUCUCAGGGACAAAAGCCUGCCAGCUGCCUCCAUUCAAAACCACGGCAGCUUCUCCCUCUCAGGUGUGGCUGGUUCUCUGCUGGAGCACCCGGGAACCUGUGGGGUCCGGGCUAACAGCUCCUGCCCUUGCUACCACCACCACUGGCUCCUGAUUCGGCUGGCUCUAAAAACAGGAGACCUGGGGAAGAUCAACAGAGCAUAUGGGGCCGGCGGAGCAGCGGCCAUACUGGACAUGGAGGAGUACAACCAGGAGUUCAAGAGUAACGAGGGCAUGACUAUCACAGGAGGGGGCAGCUGCGAGGGGGUCUCCACUUCGGAGUCUCAGGGGAAAGGCCUGGCACCUCUCUCGGACUGCAAAGACGAGUUCCAGAGCGUGAGCGAGCCCACGUCGACCGAACAACCCGACGAAGAGGACGACAGUCUGGAGAUGGAGAGCCCGAUGGAGUCACCCACAUCAGAUUUCAAACGGAGCUCACCAGAGGGCAAGUCUGUGUUUGGAGACAGUCCAGAGCCGUACUUCUGCCCGACAGAGUCGAGUUCAACCUUAUAUUUCAGCGCUGAUCCUCAGUCUCCCAGCAGUACCAGUAACCAGCGUUUGGACCGGGACAUUGGGGGUCUAGAGCAGGGGGUGCGCCUCAACUCAAUCCCCAGCGAUCCAGCCCUUCACAGAGAUAUUCGUGGGCUCAUGGGUCGGGUCGGGCAGCGCUGUACUUCCACUCCUAAAUUGGACUCUGGAGUGCUGGACUCCCUGUCUAGUGUCCCUCAUCUCACAGGUCCCAGGAGACAGCUUAUAAUGUCCCGCAGAGAUGAAGACGAUAACUUUUAGGUUUCUCAAAAACAGAAUCAGGGAAAGAGCAACAGAAACUUCUCCAACACUAAAAGGAGUACACCAGCUUUCACAUCUGCUCAGAGCUGUAGGAUGAGAGGGCUGGCAGGAAGUUCACCUCUUUAUGUCUAGAUGUUUAGUACACUGUGGGGCAUAGUAUAUGCAACACUUCUGGGAUAAUGCUGAGCGAGCAUGUACUCUUCUCAAGUCAUAAAUUAUUUUUUAAAAGCAUUGCUUUGGACACACAGAGGUGAAACAUUCAGCAGUGUUUUUCAUCAGACAUGAAGAAGAUCAUUUAAGAGCUAAUUGGUCACAAAGGUGGAGUCUGGAGCUCAGACACAUCUUCUACCUGAUUAAAAAAAUGUUCUAUUCUUUUGGUAGCAAUUAACUUAAGCCUCUCAAGAAUUAUACUGUGCAACAAAGUGGACACUGGUUGUGCCAGAUUGUAAUUACAUAUUGAGGAAGUAGCCAUGAGUUAUAUCAAUAAACAUCAUUAGAAAUAUGCAGCUCUUUUAUGAUAUUGGACAUCUGAUGGUCUCUAUAUUACAUACCGAAACUGCUGUUAUUCAUGUUAAUAAUUGCCAGCAGUCAUUAGAAUAGAGAAACUAUUCCUACAUCUAAAGGGGACCGGAGUGUCUGACCUCUGAAUCUUUACCAUCUCAGCGUAAGCCAGAGCUUUGUUGGCUUCUUAAAAGCACAAAUAUCUUCUGUACCAUACGUGUAUUGCUGUGAUUUUUUUUUAUUCCCAUAAAAAAAGAACAAAUCCCCUCAGAGAGUUACAUACUGUAUUUUUUGUAUAAUCAUGUCAACUGGCAUUGCUUUGAGCAGGGCUAGUGUGUUUGAUGUUUUAUCUUUAUUUACAUGUUGACCAUGUAAUUGCUAAAAUGUCUUUUGAAUUUACAUUAUGUUGAAAAGAAUAAUGUCUCAGGCACUGACUUUAAAAGCUUUCAAAUGCCUAUUGUGUAACAAAAUGAAAAUAUGCUAAUGAGGUACUUGUAGUGACUUUUUUAUGUGCUUUUGAUUGCUAUUUCUAGGGCACAAACGCAUUUUUGCUCAUUACUGUUCUGUAAAAUGGAUGAAAUCUACAAACAAAGCAGUGAAAUGAUGCUGGGUUUUCUCUUGCACCCAGGUGACUGCCUAUAUGACAUUUUGAACUGUGAAGUGAAAGGCCACUGGUGGCUUUAAAUAAGCAAUAAAUAGCCUACAUAUUGGGGUGACUGAA